AUGUCUCAGUCGGGUGUAUUUCUAUUUACUGUUGAAUGUGUGUUUAAAUCAGCACCACUUUUUGGUCUACAACAACAAACGUAUGAGGUGACACAAAGCAAUAAUCCUCAUCAGUUACAACUGGUUGCUCCAUCUAUUCUAUGGUUGAAAGAAAAUUUAAUUAAUAUUGCUGUAAAACAUUUACCAGCACAUAUUGAAUAUAUUGCGUGGAUCGAUACUGAUAUUGAAUUUGACCAUCUCAACUGGCCUCAUCUGGUGAUUGAAGAAUUAAAACGUUAUCCUAUUGUACAACUGUUUGAAACGGCAAAUUUUCUUGGACCCAAUGGAAAGAAUGAAAUCUUACGACGUGAUUAUUCGUUCGUUUAUUCAAUCAAACAUAACAAACCGAUUGAUCCUGGACGAUACAAAGAGUGGUAUCCACAUCCAGGAUAUGCUUGGGCCAUGCGUCGAACAGCAUUUAAUUCAAUUGGUGGUUUAUUCGAAUUUUCUAUUAUGGGUUCAGGAGAUUUACAAUUAGCCUUUGCACUAUUGAAUCGUAUCAGAGAAACUUUUUCAAAGAAUUUACACAAAGAUUAUCAACAGUUAGCUAUAGCUUGGGGUGAGCGUGUAGCAGAAUUGGCACAAGGAGGUCGUAAUGUUGGCUAUGUACCUAUCAACAUCUGGCAUCAUUGGCAUGGAAGUAGAAAUGACAGAGGUUACGUCGAGAGAUGGUCUAUUCUUGAACGGCAUCAGUUUUCACCCUCAAAAGAUCUCGAAAGAAAUACUGAAACAGAUGUCAUUGGUUUAGUCAGUAGGCGUAACAUUGGAAAGCUUCAAAUGUCUGUUCGUAUGAUUGCUUUGGAACGAGAUAUAGUUACUUAUUUUCAAUCAAGAAAAGAAGACUCCGAAUCGAAUGUUGUCAAACCAAUAAAAUCGAUAGUGCCUAAACCCGUGGCUGUAAAUCUCAAAUCUAAAGUAGCUGGAUCUGGAAGCCAUUUUAGAAUAAAUAAACCAACACUACCUAUAUUUUCAUCCUCUUCUAAUAGACCAACUUACAUUGUGAUACCAGGUUCAGGUUAUUCUCAUAUUAAUGAUCCUGAAUCUUGUUGGGUAGAUUGCACAUGCUGUGAAAGUCACGAUCAUCAUCAUGAUAAUGAUUGUCCUUGUUAUACACACUAUGGUGGUGGACACGGGUGGGAGGAUCAUCAUGAAAAACCCGAAUGUUUUGAUGGAUUCGAGCAUGAACAAGGCUGUCACGACCAUAAUGAUGAAGAUGAAUUCUAUGAAGCAUGUAGUGGUGACUGUGACCAAGAUAACACACCAGGUGGAAAUGUUACUAAUGAUUAUGGAGAUGGUGACCAUCAAGGAGAUACAAAUGAUGAUGGCGGUGGCCCAGGCAGCUUUUAUUAA